GAUCAUCCGACGGUUGGCACGUCAUACGAACGACGAUUCGUGCACUACGAGUAAGGCGCUGGUCGGCUCCGAAUCCCAGAAGAAGAUACGACAAAGAAGGACGACUUGAAAAUACUUUAAGGUUCCGAGAAUCAUAUGUUGUCCACCCUCAAAGUCACCCUGAACUUGCUCACUCAAAACGCAAGUAACUGUGAUAACGAAACGAGCGUCAGGAUCUCGAUUUCAUAAACGACGCAGAAAAAGCCGACUCCCGCCUGGUAUCGCGAGUUAAAUCGACGGAGGAAACAUUUUCCGAAAAUAAAACGUACUCACAAUUGUUAUUAAUUAUUUGAAGAAGAUAAAUAAUCUUUGUGGAAAAAUGUCGUCCUCUGCAGUAGCGAAAACCUCUAAGUACUCGUACCGCUCCAGCGGUGGUGGAGCAGCCGAUGUCAGCAUCGAAUACAGCGCCGACCUGAGUGCUCUCUCCAGACUCGAGGACAAAAUCCGACUUUUACAAGACGACCUCGAGGGUGAGAGGGAGCUACGUCAGAGAAUUGAACGCGAACGUGCCGAUUUGAGUGUGCAAGUAAUUCAGCUUUCUGAGCGUCUCGAAGAAGCCGAGGGUGGCGCCGAAUCUCAGUUUGAAAUCAACAAGAAACGGGACACAGAAUUAUUAAAACUCAGAAAGCUCCUCGAAGAUGUCCAUCUUGAAAGCGAAGAGACGGCUCAUCUCCUACGAAAAAAACAUCAGGAAGUGAUCGUGGAUUUUCAAGAUCAAAUCGAUCAAUUAUCAAAGGCCCGCGCAAGGUCUGAUAAAGAAAAGUCAAAAUUCCAGCAAGAGGUGUAUGAACUCCUCGCUCAAAUCGACAAUGUCACGAAAGAGAAGAUAAUGUCGAUGAAAACAGUAGAAAAAUUAGAAAUUCAUGUAUCAGAACUUAACGUCAAAAUCGAGGAAAUAAAUCGUACUAUCGUUGAUAUCACCAGUCACAAGACUCGAUUAUCACAAGAAAAUAUUGAAUUGACAAAAGAAGUACAGGAUCUUAAGGUGAACAUUGAAAAUGUUAUUUACUUAAGAACUCAAAUUGCUGGACAGCUAGAAGAUGCUCGUCGUCGCCUGGAAGAUGAGGAGCGACGACGUUCACUAGUCGAGGCUUCCCUACAUCAGGUUGAAGUGGAGUUAGAAACCGUUCGCGUCCAAUUGGAAGAAGAGUCCGAAGCACGUUUGGACCUAGAACGUCAGCUAGUAAAAGCCAAUGGUGAAGUUUCCAUUUGGAGAUCAAAGUAUGAAACGGAAGCGCAAGCUCGCGCGGAAGAAGUCGAAGAAUUACGUCGCAAAUACUCUGCACGAAUCCAAGAACAAGAAGAGCAGAUCGAAACCCUUUUGGUUAAGAUAAACAAUCUGGAAAAGCAGAAGUCCCGCCUCCAAUCUGAAGUGGAAAUUUUAAUUAUUGAUCUGGAGAAGGCCAAUGGAACUGCUCGAGAGCUUCAGAAACGUGCUGAACACAUGGAAAAGAUCAAUAUUGAAAUGAAAGCUCGUCUUGACGAAACGCUUGCUAUGUACGAACAGAGCCAACGCGAUCUUCGCAAUAAACAACAGGAACUUCAGCGUACUAAUGCAGAACUUGAUAAGACCCGUGAACUUAAGGACCAACUUGGCCGUGAAAAUAAGAAGCUUGGAGACGAUCUUAAUGAUGCUAAGAAUCAACUAGCUGAUAUGAACCGCAGACUGCAUGAACUUGAAUUGGAACUUCGUCGUCUUGAGAACGAAAGGGAAGAAUUAGCUGCUGCCUACAAAGAAGCUGAAGCUUAUCUUCAAAAAAACUUGAUGCUGGUGACUCCCGACUUCAUAUAUGCAAAAAGAUGCAAGUUAAAAUUCUUUAAAUUUUUUAGCAAGGCAACUAGUAUCGAAAUUGAACAGCUUAACGCUCGCGUUGUAGAAGCUGAGACAAAAUUGAAGACUGAAGUACAACGCAUUAAAAAAAAACUACAUAUUCAGAUAACUGAAUUGGAACUUUCGCUGGACGUGGCAAAUAAAACUAAUCUAGACUUGCAAAAGACCAUCAAGAAACAAUCUCUAACCCUAACAGAACUGCAAGCACACUACGACGAAGUUCAACGUCAACUGCAAGUGACGCUAGACCAAUUGGGUAUCAGCCAACGUCGUCUACAGUCUUUAACUGCUGAGCUCGAAGAAGUCCGUGGCAACUACGAAUCUGCCCUUCGUGCAAAGAGGACUGUCGAGCAGCAAUAUGAAGAAACUGUUAGUCGUAUCAAUGAAUUGACGACCAUCAAUGUAAACAUUGCAUCUUCUAAGGCAAAACUUGAACAGGAACUUGCUACUCUAGCUGGUGAUUACGAGGAAGUAACCAAGGAAUUUAGAAUGAGUGAUGAAAGGUACCAAAGAGUACAAAAUGAGCUUAAACAUACUGUUGAGAUCCUUCACGAGGAACAAGAACGCAUUGUAAAAAUUGAGGCUAUUAAGAAAUCUCUUGAAAUUGAGGUGAAAAAUCUUUCUGUCCGCCUGGAGGAAGUCGAAGCCAAUGCUAUAGUUGGUGGCAAACGCAUCAUCAGUAAACUUGAAGCUAGGAUUCGCGAUUUAGAGCUAGAACUCGACGAGGAGAAACGCAGACAUGCUGAAACAGUGAAAAUUCUACGCAAGAAAGAACGCAAUAUCAAGGAAGUAAUGAUCCAGGUUGAGGAAGAUUCAAAGAAUAUUGCUCUGCUGCAGGAGUCUUUGGACAAAGCAUGUCAAAAAGUAAACAUUUACAAAAGACAACUCCAAGAACAAGAAGGCAUGUCCCAACAGAGUGUAACGCGAGUACGUCGGUUCCAACGUGAACUGGAAGCCGCUGAAGAUCGCGCAGACACAGCGGAAAGCAAUCUGACCCUAAUCCGCGCUAAGCACCGUAGCUUCGUGACCACCUCAACGGUGCCCGGUUCUCAGGUUUACCUUGUCCAGGAAACGAGGCAAGAAAUGUAAAUCUUUGCAGCGUCAUUCUUCACUACCUUACAGACACAGUUUUGUCUGCGCAAACGUAAUUAAAUAUUUUAAAAUUAUAUUUUCAUGCAUAUUAUCGUUAGAAAUUAUUUGACCAUUCGGAUAAAUGCCACCAAGAAAUUUUAUAUAAACAAGAAUCAGUGAGUUUUAACUUCUGAUUGAACAUUUAAAAGAAUUAAAUAUUCUUGAACAUAAAAGAGAAUUUGUUUGGAGGACUGCAGGGAGGAAGAACCAGAUUGAGUAAAACAUGGCACACUCAUAUUUAAAAAAUAUAUAGUGAGAGAGGCCGUCAAUCUUAAAGAUACAACCGGGUAUAGAGGAUUACGUUUAGAGGCUAAUACCACUCUGAAAAAUCAGAUUCAACUUUGCGUGUGAGAAACACAUGGUGAUUAUGAUUGCGAACAGCGUCACAUUUCGUAAGGUUACAAGUUUACAAGGUUAUAAAGUUACAACUUCAUCAAGGCGACUUAAGAAACCUAAUCCUCUUUUCUAUCAUACUGUUUCUGCUACAUCUUGUAGUAGUUUCCACUGGUACUUCUGCUACAAACUGCAUAUUGAUAGUAUGAGGUCACUUAUAUAUUUUACAUCCAUGAGCUAAAAUAAGUUACCUAUGCUGAAAGCGCAAAGCUGUAGAGGCUUGCUAUACGGAUUGUGGAUAAGUACACGCGGGAAAUUGGAAUAGAAUUUGGGUCGGACAAUACUUGAGGCUGUUUAAGAGCUGUAUUCAAACAAACUUUUUGUUCGACAAAUUUUGUCCUUCAAUCUCAAGAGCGAGCAACCACGACAAGAGGAUGCAUAAUUUAUGCAUAAAUAUGAAAGGCAAUUUAAUCUGGAUUGGACUCAUGUUUGCCUUCCCUAAAUCAUAUGGACUAAAAUCGGACACGUAGGGUUUCAUUUUCGCAUACCAGGAUGUUUUUAUUUUCAUCUUAGCAUACCGUGAAUUCAUUGAGCAUCAAUAAACAUAAAUUUUCAUCAGAGCCACAAUAUAAAAUAUUUAGCUUUAUAAUCGCUAACGCUAUUGGUUUUUGGUAUUAAGAGUCUAUUAUACACUAUAAUUCUCAAACAUUAUGUAAUAAAAGAGCUGAAACCUCUAGAGCACAUCAAAGUAAAUGGGUCAUUACUUUUGAAAUCAUAUGAGAGUGGCACUAACUCCUGCUUAACGUUUGACACAACUCUUGAAGGAACGUACAUCUGAAUUUUCAAUACAAUUUCCCUUAAAUGAAAAAAAUCAGAUCCAUAUUAUAAUUGAAUAAAUAAAGUUGAGAAUACUCCAAAUCCGCUUUAUUUUUUUCUUGUCUCAUCUUUUCCUAUAUUUUCAAAUUAGAAUCGAAAAACAGUUACAAAAAAUCUUCCAAUUUUUUCUUGGACACUCAAACCCUGUUUAAUACAGUACACCCAAAUUUUUCAGCAUGUGAAAUCCCAUGCGGAAAUCCGGAUAAUCAGCCUAUAAGAUAUGUCUAAAGUCAAAAAACAGAUGCAAAUCUAAAAAAAAAGUAACAGUCAAGGAAAUCAUUUUAUUCUUUUUAUUUUGUAAUGUAAAGCAUUUUCAUAAACUGAAUUCCUCUCAUUACUUUCCUAGUGUAAAAUUUUAAUAUUUUGGCAAACAAAUCAUUAUCAACACAGUUAUUUCUAUAGCUAGCAGGCACACUCAGAUAUUAAUGCAUUGAGUAUUUUUAAACAUUAUUUUAUUACGCGCAUGAUUUCUAGUUAAAAUUUGUUUGAAUGUCAAAUGUAAAUAAACAUACUGUCAUAAACAUUGCUUAACUUUCUUAAAUCAGUUAUUUAAUUUACAGGUAACUAUUUCUAUUUUUUUUUAUUUUUGAAAUCUAAUGGGAUCUUAUAUAUCUUCAUAUUAUGAUUUUUCUAAAUAUUUCUAUAUUUUAUUUCGAAAUCUCUAAUCUUUUGAAUGGUUCUACUUACAAAAUCGCAGAUUCAGUUUCUGCACAAAUGUAUAAUUCACCUUGAAGAAAAAUAGAAAUAAUCUAUGAACAAGAUCAAGAACAUACUAUACUAUAUUUGUUAUGCUUAAAGUGACGUACGAAUUUUUAAACUGUCAAAAAAUAUGUAACCAAACUUUCUGUCGAUAGUAUACUCAUUGUCAGUAUUAAAAAUGUUGUAAAUAAAUUAAAUCUUCCUUAUAAACUUAUUUUUUCAAUCUGGAUUUUUAAUAGCAUUUUUUGAAAAUAGUCUCUUAAUUUUUGAAUAUAUUAAUUUGCCUUUAUCAUGCUUUUAUGUAACAGAUGCAUAUUUUUCAUCAGGAAUUAUAAACUGCAAGGUGUCAAGGACUACAAAUUAUUGUGGAACUGACAUAUUUUACAAAACAAUGAUUAGCUUUUAGAAAAGUACAUUCGAGAAAAUUAAAUUGUCGCCAUUUUUACGAAUGUAUAGCGGUUCAACGAGCCUCGGUUGGCUUAAGCUACUUAACAUCAGAAGCUAAACACAAGCAUGAUUGCAAUCAAGAUUAUCGCAAAUGAAUUACUAAUUAUCUCAUGUAAUUAUUAUCAUCAGAAGCUUAAGGAGAUAAAAAUACCCAAACGUUCUUUUUAAAGUUGCACAAACUUGUAUUAAAAUAAUGAUAAUUCUAUGAUACCACUAGAUAUAGGACAUCUACCUACAAACAAACGCACUGUACAUCAUACAAGAAUAUGUUUCAACAUUUCAUUUAAUAAUAAACUAAACAGUGUAAGUACAA